GUUGAAACACGGUGGGACAUACAAUUGUUGCGUUAACAAUGUCCUUCAAGGAGAGAGAUUUGUUGUAUCGUCUAAUAAUAAGUCAACUAUUUUAUGACGGCUUCCAGACCAUGGCGGUCAAUCUGGUCAAUUUGGUGAGCCCAUCAACUGCAUGUGGUCCCUCCAACCGUUUAUUUCGUCUUGUAAAACUUGGUCUUGCUGCUUCCGAAGAUGAUCAUGAAAGAUCAGGCGUUAUUGAAGGUGAAAGCAUUGCUCCGGGCACAGGCAUCGAUCUGGAAGUCGAAAGUGAAAGCUCAACAAUGGCUCCUGAAGCAGCACUAUAUGAAACAUGUUAUGUAACAGCCCACAAAGCAGCAUGUCGUGCAGCAUCCUUUAACAGUACAGGCCAAUUGGUUGCAACCGGAUCUCAUGAUUCUUCAAUCAAAAUUCUUGAUGUUGAGCGAAUGCUUGCCAAAAGUGUUUCACCAGCUGAUCAUUUAGGUCAAGAGACACCACAACAGCAAAUGGAAACUCAUCCAGUUAUACGAACACUCUAUGAUCAUACAGCUGAGGUUACUUGUGUUGAUUUUCAUCCAGAUCCAACUCUACAAAUACUUGUCAGUGGAAGUAAAGAUUAUACAAUUAAAUUGUUUGAUUUCUCUAAUCCAUCUGUAAAGAAAGCCCAACGAAAUAUUCCGGAGGCUUCCCCAAUUCGAACUUUACAUUUUCAUCCAUCUGGUAAUUUCUUGCUUGUUGGUACACAACAUAAAACAUUACGCUUAUACGAUGUACAGACUUGUCGUUGUUAUGUGUCAGCUGUUCCAGAAGAUCAGCAUAUGAGCGCAGUAAAUAUGGUGCGAUGGUCUCCGAAUGGAACUGCAUUUGUAACUGCUGGGAUGGAUGGUAGUUUCAAGAUCUGGGAUGGGGUUUCAUGUAGAUGUGUCAACACAUUUGAAGCUGCUCACGAUGGUGCAUCUGUGUGUUCUGUGGUCUUUUCACGUAAUGGCAAGUAUAUUCUUAGUUCUGGCAAAGACAGUGCAGUCAAACUGUGGGAAUUGGCUACUGGACGAUGUCUUAUUACAUAUACAGGAGCUGGUACAGUUGGACAUCAAACACAUAGAUCAAUGGCUGUUUUCAAUCAUACCGAAGAUUAUGUACUCUUUCCAGAUGAAGCAACUAAAAGUUUAUGUUGCUGGGACUCUCGUAAUGCUGACAGACAACGUUUAUUAGCACUAAGUAAGUUUCUGCAUUUUAACAAUUCAAUCCUUUUUAUUCAUAUUGUAUUUUGAUCAUUUCAAAUGGUUACAGAAGAGUCUCAUUGCGUUAUUCACACGUUUAACUAUAUGCUGAAAAGAGCUAAAGAAAUCUCGAAAUAAUGCAGUAAAAGUAACACAGAGAAGUGAAAUUUCCAAUUGGUUGUGAUGUGAAGUUAUAACUAGUCAACCUUUUUUUCAGUUAAGUAACUGAGUGAGCCAGUGUACAGUAAUAUUAGUGGGCAAUACAAUAAAUAUUGGACGCUCAUAAUUACUUUUAGUCGUAUUAAAUAAGUAACUGCCUACUGAGCACAAUGCAACUACUACAGUAAUAACAUAGGACAUAAGAUUGCUUGCUCUCCAGUAAACGGUCAGUGUUUGUAAUCCAGAAAAAGUCAGGCGUGGUCAGAAUACGUCGUUAAAUACAAAGCUGGGUCUCGUGGAUUCCAAUAUCACAGGGGACAUCAGUCCCCUCGACAUUGCAGUUACGUCUUACUUGACGAGUGCUAACAGGAACGAAACCCAGGCCGGCCAGGGCUUCCUGUUGAUUGCCUUCAACCAACUAGCACCCAUCGUAAAUGCACCGCGAUGGUGACCCCCCCCCUUCCUUAGCUACCUUGUGUGGACAUACUGCAAAAGACGACUGAUAGAAUUUGGUCAACACUCAGGACUAGACAACAAUCAAUAUGUUACAUAGAACUAAAUAUUUUAACCCCAAUUCAUAGGAAAACGGGCUCAUCUACCAAGCAACUUUGAAAUGCUUCUCUUAUGUGUCUUACUUUUCUCCUAACAGUUUUAUUAGCGUUAACGUUGCUACAAGCUUAACAGAGAUGAAGUUAGUCACAGCAAAUUUACCAUUUUCACACAUUUUUUGUGCACUCGAAUUCUAAUGAUAUUUCAAAGACUGAAGUUGUCACAUCAUUGUUAAUCUGUACAUUUACAGAUUAAUUAAAAACAGAAGAGAAGUGGAUGUUAUCCCCAUGGAUGUUUUCAUUGGAAAUAAACUAAUGUUACAUUUCGAUUUGCUGUACCUGUAACUCGCCUAGACUGAUUUCACUUUUUAAAAGAAACACUCAAGUGUAAUCCUUUCAUAUAUUUUCUACAUCCACUUAACACCUCAGAAACAUUGGAGACACUCACAUACAGAAUCCCCAUAUCAUCAUCUCUAGCAGUAAGUCAGAAAUUCCUAGAUGGUGCCAAUUUCGGUUGUAUUAGCAAUGUUUUUAAACUACCAGUCAUUCAGUGUUGGAUACUUGAAACAACCGUAUCUUAGAUUAACAGUACAAGACUGAAUUGAGUACAGAGCAUCUCAUCAUUGUGACAUAAUUGUUUGACGGCUAUUUUGAGGAUACCUACAACCCAACUUGAUUGAUCAGAGGUUAUAUCACACCUUACGUUGCAUAAGCCUUAAAUAUAAUUCAUUUCUAAAUAUUUUAGUCAAUAAAACAGAAAAAUUGAUAUAACACGAUUUAUCACUUAGUCAAUGUAUUGAUUAUCAGUGAUAGAAGAUGAUAAGAACGAUCUAUCAGUGGAUAAAUUAGUUUGUGAGCAAUAAUUGAGUUGUAGAGUGUGCACCAUAUCUCCCAAGGAGAAUAGGGUUUCUGAAUAUCGCUUGUAAUAACUGAUUUGUGUUAUCCCACUACCUUUAAUCUUUCAUCUUACUUUGCAUAUAUUAGAUCAUAACGGUCCAAUUCGAUGCUUUGUACAUUCACCAACAACAGCAGCAUUUAUGUCAUGUAGUGAUGAUAACCGUGCACGAUUUUGGUAUAAACGUCCUAUAUCUGAUUAAAAAUGGAUACUUUACAACAUUAAAUAAACUGCGUUUUUUUUUAUACAA